AUGCAGAAGGCCAACAGAUUACAGCAGGCCCUCAAGUCGGGCAAGCCUUCGUUUGGAGGAUGGCAAGGUCUGCCAGGAUCCAACCUUUCCCGCAUAAUAGCCCGGACGCCAAAUCUGGAUUGGAUUUGUAUCGACCAAGAACAUGGCAACAUGUCCGACGAUGCCAUGCACGAAUCUGUAGCGGCCAUUGCAGCUUGCGGUGUCAGUCCAGUUGUGCGUGUUCCAGAUGGACAGCAUUGGAUGAUCAAGCGUGCCUUAGACGCUGGAGCUCACGGCAUCAUCGUGCCGUUGUUGAACUCGGCGGAGGAUGCGAAGAAUAUCGCAAAGUACUCGAAGUUCUCACCUGUGGGCAACAGAGGGCUGGGCAGUGGUUUAUCGAUGGAGAAGUUUAUCUCUGGUAGGACGGGCGAUGUGUCUGAGGUGCCAAUGGGCGACUACUUCCGCGACGCCAACUCAUCGACGGUAGUCUGUGUUCAGAUCGAGACUGCCGGUGCUCUGAAGGACGUCAACGAGAUCGCAGCAGUCGAAGGCAUCGACGUGCUCUUGAUCGGGCCAACCGACCUCGGGAACAAUAUUGGUCACCCGUCUGUCCUAUCCGGUGGCAAGCACGCACCAGAGCUGGACGAAGCCAUCGACAAGAUCAACAAGGCCGCCCACGACGCCGGCAAGAAGUCUGCGAUCUACAUGGGCAGCGGCGAGCAGGCCAAGCACUAUGCUGAGAAAGGCUUCGACAUGAUCAACACCGCCAAUGACAUCCAGGUGGUGAAGAAGUACUUUGCUGAGCAUGUUGCGACUGCGACUGGAAAGUGA